AUGUCGACUUCUUUUCGGUGCAGCAAGAACGAGCUGGAAAUGGAGACAAUACGGGGCAAGUGCGACAGGCUACAGGAAUCGAACCAGAACUUGAUGACGGAGCUUCAGGAGGUGAAGGAGUAUGUCCGAUUCCUCAGCCAGGCGUCCCUGCCGUCCGAUCAGUUCCGGACACGACCAGCGUCGCCACAGCCGUCCGAUGGGCGUCAGUUUGGAGCAUCCAACGGUGCAAACCCUGUGGACCAGCGUACGAUGGCCGUUGAAACAUGGGAAAGCGGAGGUCCUGACGGAGCGACAGUCGCUUCCGCUCCUCCAAAUGUGGACAAUGGUGAAGCGACCGGAAAUUCGGAAGCGGAACGGAAAGCUUAUCGAGAAGAAAGUGCCCAAAAGUCGAGGCCAACGGGGAUGCGCGAAGAAAGAAAAGAAAGUCGGGCGAGAAGGAAGGGUCCAGAGCUCGACAGAGAUUAUGGUUCACUGGAGUCCACUGAAACUUCCAAUCUGGUCGAGGCCGUGGGAACGGAACGCGUGAGCAAACAAACGGAAACGGAACGGCGGUCGGGGAGGGAAGAUCGGAUGAGCGUGAAGCAUGUAGCGGCGGAGGAGAGGCAGUUGGCGACCGGAACGGAACGGAACGAUGACAGCUGGGCGCCGGGAGAAGCAGUGUCGCCCAAACUUGAGUCGAGCUUGAAGAGAGUUGGAUUCGCUUUGGAAGGGGCAGGCAAAGUCGGGGCAACAGGAUGGAGGGCGGCGGAGCGAACGGAAACGGAAGUAUCGGAAGCUGAACGGAGCGAAAAGGGUAGCGCAAAGCCUACAGCGGACGUUGAGCACCGAGCAGUGGAACGUGUAGAAGUCGGGAGGGCAGAGAUAAAGCGGAGUCCGAGAGCAGAGAAGGGUGUGGUUAUACGAAAUGAGGUGGAUUUCGGAGAUGUACGGGUUGCCGAGGCAGUGGUCGUAAAACGUGCGGACGAGGUUGUCAAGGUUGGGCGGAAUUUGGAGCAGUCCACGGAACGGAACGAACCCAAAGUAGUCGAAGAUGCUUCGAAGCUGGAGUCGAAUGGGAAGCCAAGUGUAAAGACGGAGGUGGCGAAAGCGACGGAAGGGCGGAGUCUGGAGAUGACGGCGGAUCGGGAGAUAGCGGAAUGGGUUGGGGAUGGCCGGCAUUCGGAGUCGGGGGCGGAACCAAAAGCGAAAAAUGCACGGGGAGCAGUCCAGGUGCUUGGGCCGUCGCUUUCCGCUGCCGUCUCUCAGGAAAGCAGCAGAAAAGAAACGUCGGAUCUGAGAGACGGGGGGUCUGUGUCUGACGAAGCGGCGGAGGUCGACGAGACCCGGCGCGGAACGGCGGUUGCUUCGUUAGUGAUAGAAUCUACCGAUCGACCGGGCGCAGCGAAGGAAAGUGCAGGCACGGACGUCCGAGUGGGCAAGGCGCGUCGCACCGAAGUUGAGGUCCCAGCCACCGCCGGGCAUGCGCUGGCCCCUGGUGUGACGUCCUCUAGGUCACAAACCGUCUCCGACGACAGCCCAGCAAAGGGAGCCGGGUCCCGGAACCUGCCACUCGGGGCCGAAGGGGAGCAUACGUUAAAUGAUCUUUGGUCAGGACCCUCUUCCACCGGUCUGGAGUCGGAGAAGACUUCAAGUGACGCCUCUCCAAGCCUCCGAGAAAAGCCCUCCUUCUCAAAAGCAGAGAAGCCGUCCUCGGCGCUGGAUAGCACCCUUCCAGAUAGCGGGAGGGAAGCUGCGGAGUCGGAACGUGAGCGGCUGCAGAAAAUAUCUCCUUUUCCGGAGGUUAACUUUGGAAAUCCAAACUUGCACUUCUCGGAACGCCCCAGAAGAAACGACUUUCUGCCGAUGAACGACCCUCUGCCAGCUGGUUCAGCCCCCAUCUCGCGGACAUCUGAAGUGUCCGUGUCAAAAGGAACCACUCUGGCGGACACGCUUCCAACGGAUCAGCGGAAAGAAGCAAGAGCGGAAACGGAGGAGUUGCCGGCGAAGACCGGAAGCGGCGGGAGCGCGCAAACGGGUGGAAAGUCAGCUGAGUUGGAACCGCACCUUGGUGAACAGACAGAGGACAUUCUGGACGACUUGGACUUGUAUUUGGAGGGUUUAGAAGUAGCAGGAGAGGCGUCCGCACGGAGCGCGGCCGAGGCCGCGCGCGACGGAGAGGUAUUUGAGGUGCAUCACGAGGAGUCGCACGCGCAGUUGUUCACACCGGACGACAGUGACAUAGCGGAGGAGGCGUGGUAA